GUUCCACUUCUGGUAGAAAGUAUCUUGUCGGGAGUCUAAUCGGCGGGAAUGGAAGAGCAACGAAAUCAGGAAAGACCAGCAGAAAUGGAGGAGCAGCGAAAUAAGCUAAAACCAGCAGAAAGGGAGAAACAACAUCAACAGCUGCGAAAUCAGAUGAAACCAGCAGAAACGGAGAAAGAACAGCAACAGCAGCAACAUCGGGUCGAGGAAGAUGAUAAACCCAGGGAGAAAAGACGAGAACAAGAGCAAACCCUGCAAAAUCACUCAGUAUCCGUCCCGACUCCUUCACCUCCACCAAGUGGGAACACUCAGUCGUCUGAAUCCUAUAAAGAUCCCAAACGCCGGUCACCCUCAUCCGAUUCCCCUCCUUCCUCGGAUAAUUGCUCUCUCAGCCAUGGGUCUUCCCCACGGGAACCACCCCAAUCCCAACCCUCAUAUCCCUCAUAUCCAAACUCUCUGCCGCCGGUCUCGACAUUGGCAGAUGUCAAGGUUGGGUCUGAAUCCCCAGAUUUUGGGGCUACGGUAGAAGUUGAAGGGCAAAAGGUUAAUUCUGGUAGUAGGCGGAGAUUGAGGCCUGAUUUAUCUAUAUUAAGGAGAACCAAGAGGGAAAAGAUGGUGAAGAGGAUUUUGUUAGGGUUUCGAACUUGUGGGUUUGCUUGUUGCUUGGUUGCUUUCUCUGUGUUGGCUGCUGAUAAGGAUCAAGGCUGGGCCGUUGAUUCUUUCUACCGCUACCGGGAGUUCAGGUAUUCCAUGGCAGUCACUGUAAUAGGAUUUGUGUAUUCAGCUUUCCAGGCAUAUGGUCUAGCCUAUGGAUUGGCCACCAGCAAACAGAAGACUCGACCCCGCCUCCGGUAUUACUUGGAUUUCUCUUUGGAUCAGAUAGUAAGUUAUCUUCUCUUAUCGGCAUCAUCCUCAGCUGCUGUCCGAGUUGAUGACUGGCAAUUAAACUGGGGAGAAGAUAAGUUCCCAGAGAUGGCAAAGGCAUCUGUAGCAUUGUCCUUUGUUGCAUUUAUUUCCAUGGCCUUGAGCUCGGUUGUUUCUGGUUAUACCCUCUGUACCCUCAAAUCCAUAUAGCUGUUCAUGCUAUCAGGGCCCAUAUAUAUCGGCCAUCCAUGAGUUAUAUAAUAGACUGGCUGAAGAGAAAAACACUAAAGGGGAAAGGAAAAAAUAUGUGUGCCAAAAAAAAAAAAAACUUGUCUACUGUACCUGUUUGGUGGGGCUGGACCUUUUAAUAGAAAUUAUGUUGAAAAGAAACUAUUGUAAAAGUG